AUGCACAACACUAUUCUGGAGAAGUUUCGCGACAGUGGCGACAAGACGAUUGAGCUUUUUGACAGCUCUGUUGGUCAAACUCGGGGCUGGGGAGAAACCCUGAUAUUUGUACCGAGCGAUCCUGAAAAGGUUGUUCCUUACGACUAUGCCUUGACUGAAAUGAAUAGAGAGGACACCGAUUAUUCGGCACUGACAGAGGCUGAAGAUGAGUACGUAGCUGAUAGCAUGCAACUCCGCAGUGCUCACGAGCUAUGUGUUGCAUGCAAGGCCACCUUGAACUACUUCUGUGUGUCCCAGGAGGAUCCAGAAAAGAUGAACAACAAUGUGCUGCACUCAGAGUCUCUCCUGUCGGUCUUCAGGUCUGGUACAUCCCGCCACUGCUACCUCUGCCAUCAGCUCUGGGGCAAAAUCAUCAAGAUGUAUCCAAAUUUGGUGCCAGACAUGUACGCGAACUACAGAAUCGAGUGCUGCUGGACCACAAACAGAAAUGCUGAUAAAGAGACCAAGAUGUGGAUGGUCAUGUAUAACCCGUCAAUGCGGAAGUUGCCUAUCUAUAAUUAUCAGCAUGUACUACGGCUUGGUCUCUGGUCAAGAAAGUACUUUGCGAAAUACUUUGAGAAGAGCAUUGGCAAUGGAGACGUUCCUGUUGCGGAUGAAGGGUUCGGUGAGACUAAGAAUGGUCAUACUAAAGACAAUGGCAAUGCGAAGGCUCUGGCUUUGUCAUGGAUGGCGAGGUGUAUGCAGAACGCCGAUGGACAACAUUAUAUAUGUAACCGCCGUGACGAAGACUACCUCCCAACUCGUCUUCUCGAUGUUAAACAGGCUCUGCAAAGCAAAGUGGUACGUCUAGUUUGCCUCAGUAAGGACAAGGAGGUAUUCAAGGGUACCGAGUACGCCUCUUUGAGCCAUUGCUGGGGUGCUCAUGGUGCAAAGGAGAACCCCAAGUUGUUGACUACAAACAUUGAAAGCAGACAAGCUGAAGGCUUAAAUUGGGAGAACCUACCCAAGACGUUCCAAGAUGCCUUUGAAAUCGCAUCUUGGCUGGGUCUGGACUGGGUCUGGAUUGACUCGAUGUGCAUUAUCCAGGAUUCCCAGUCAGACUGGAAAGCUGAGGCGUCUGUGAUGGAUAAAGUCUACAUGAACGCCAAGGUGAACAUCUCGGCGGACAAAGGUCAAGAUAGCCGAUCGGGUUGCUUUGCAGAACGUCAAGAUGUCGAUACCACGCCUCUUCACUUCGAGGCCACUAAACUCGACGAAGAAUGGAUGGUAACUACGGAGAGCAGUUUCGGGUGGAUGGAAUCUGCACCUUCGCUCUCGCGAGCAUGGAUCAAUCGCGAGAGACAGUUAUCCAGACGUAUCCUACAUUUCACUGACAAGGAAAUGAAGGAGAGAACAAAAGGAUAA